CCGGUAUUGAGAUGCAAUGGGAUCCACACUGGUUGAUCUCCAACGAACCAAACGACGCAAACCAUGCCACUCAACCAUCGAAACAUUUUGCGAGAGGAUCCUCCCGGAUUUCGCUCGGAAAUUCUUAUUCAGUCCACCUCACCAGUUUCGUCGGCCUCGUCUCCUGUGCGGUGUUCUCUUUGGAACAGUUAGUGGUACAGGAUUAUACCUUGGCCUGAUGCACAAUAUUGUGAUGACCACCAUCCAAAGGUUAAUUGUUGGAUAUGUGGUUGUUGGUGUGUGCAUUCUGGGUGGAAUGUUUUCCACACUCUUCCGCUGUUCGGUUCUGUUGAUGUUUCCCAGCAUCCUUGGUUCUCAGGGAAGGGCCUACCUCAUGCUGUUUGUCUUCUUUGGCCUCUACCAGGGUCCGGUCACCAACAUCCCCCGCAAUAUUCAGGAUGUGGCCUACUCCAUGGGUUGUAACUUGGACUUGCAGAUUCAACACAGCAAAGUUAUGUGGAGAGUGGUGAUAGACCCAUUUGUUCAGGUUGUCCAGGAGAUUGUGGAUGACACUGGGGAACUUCAGAGUGAAGCCAAGAACAUCAGUAGAAACUUUCAGAGCAUCAGAGAUGAGGUUAUGGGACGGUAUGGAUACAACAACACUGAAGGGGACUCUAUCGCAACGCUGAACAGCACACAGGAAGUAUUUGCGGCCAAAACGAUGAUGCGCUGUGACUAUGUGGUGGAGGAGGGAGUGGAGCGCUGCCGGGGAUGGUUUGAUGUCAAGUGGCAAGAGUGCAUGGACACCAUUAGUGUGCCUCUCAUCAACCACCUGCUCUGUGUGCCUAUGAAGUUUGACUUCCUGUGUGAUGUCAUGAAAGUCAUGACACCUUGGUGCAGAGAAGAGAUCCCUGUGGAGGGAAACUUCGGGCAGACCUUUGACAAGCUCAAUUUGUCCAUAGGCAAACUCGGGGCAGAGUUCACCACUAAUGUCAUCCUCCAGAAAGUUGAGCAGCAAUCAGUUUUUGGUCUGUCCAUGCUUCAGGAAGAUUUCUCUACAGAACUCAGCAAGACAUUUGAGGAGAAGAAGGCUAUUGUUGAACAGCUCUUGGAAUUGGUUCACGUCCUUCUGUCAUUUGCCUUCAUUACUGUGUUUGUUUCCGCGUUUGGAUAUGCAAGACAGUACUGCCAGGAUAUUCGAUUUGACAAUAUGUACAUUACAACAUACUUCAGGCAGAUUGAUGCACGCAGGAGAAAAGCUGUGCUUUCUCUCACACUCUUCACGUGUGUCCUACUGGCUGUGGACUGGAUCCUUUAUCAUGUCUUUGACAUCAUCCGUAGACACUCAUUCACAGAAUAUUCCUUCUCGAGUCAUCAUCACAUUGACAUUGAUGUCGGUGGAGAAUCCAUACUGGCUAAUCUCCUGCGGAAAACCAUAGGCGCUUUCAACACCACCUCCAGUGUGGACAUGCAGUCCAGUAACAAGAACUGUCUGCCUGACCCCCAUGCUCUGGCUUGGGAGGAGUACCUAUGGAGUAUAGUCCCCCUCCUCAUGAUGGCCCUGAACUGUCUGCCUGAGCCCCAUGCUCUGACUUGGGAGGAGUACCUAUGGAGUAUAGUCCCCCUCCUCAUGAUGGCCCUGAUGUGCUGCCUACAGGUGUACACCAACCGCCUGCGCCGAGUCAUCGCAGCCUUCUAUUUCCCCAAGGUGAGAGUGACUUACUGUACAUGCACGUGAGUUGCAUAAAUCCUGAGUUGCAUAAA